AUGGAUUCGCCGUUCCAGCACGCCAAGGCCAGGGGCUUCGUCUCCAGCGCGGAGCUGAGCAUGAAGCAGGCGGCGGCGGGUGCUCCAGGGCCCGAGGGCAGGUCCCGCUUCCAGAAGGUCUCGCUGGUGUCGCGGCGGCUGGAGAGCACGGGGAGCGCACGGGGCCGGGAGGGGAGUCCCUCCCGCGUCUCCCUCCUGCUGCAGGCCUGGGAGAGGGAGAUCGUGGAGAAGACGGCAUCCGGCCCCGCCACCCUGACACACCGGGAACGCUCGUCCUCCGUCAACCUCCUCAAGGACUUCACCGCGCACGGCCCCAUCUUCUCGCAGGUGUAUUCCCCCACGCAGAAGCCCCGGCGGCAGGACGAGAGGGGGAAGGCGGGGGCUGGCAGCGGCGGUGAUGGCAUCCCCCCGCCGGUGGAUGCCCCCCCUGAGAUGCCCGUGCACAGGGAGAGCUAUGUGCAUGGCACCCUCCUCCCCACCCGACCCGCCGAGCACCCUGCGGGGGGUCCCGGUGAAGGUCCUGGUGCCCCGUGUGCGGCCGAGCCCGGCUGUGUCCCUGCCCUGCCCAGGGCCAGGCACGUCACCGUGCUGCGGACGGGCAAGGACACAGCCAGGCCUGAGCCGGGGCUGGCGGAGAGAAGGGAAGCCCGAAAUGGGAUGCACGAUGCUGCCAGCACCACGAUGGCCCCAUCACAGCGGGAGAGCUGCGGGCAGGAUGGCAGCGGCUUCACUGGGGCUGCAGCGGGCAGCGAGAGCUCGCCGGGCACCGUGGAGGCCGCCGGGCUCCUGGCUGAGGGAUCCCCUGGGGAGAAAGACUCACCACAAACCGAAGCCGCGCCGGUGAACGCAACCCCGAGAGAUGGUGACAGGCCCGGGAACUCACAAACCAGUAUAACCAGCUCCCUGCAGUGUCCCUCGGAGGACACCGGUGGCCGGGCUGAUCUGGCUGGUGCAGGAGAGGAGAGCGUGGCAGAUGGGGAUGGCACCAUUUCAGCCAUGCCGCCGAGGACAGAGAGCCCCCCGGGAGCUGGCAGCACCCCCGAAGACCCCUCCUCGGAGGGAAGCGAUGAUCCAGAGCCUUCUUCUGAAGAACCAGGAUCUCCGAAGACUGAGCUUGAGUUGGACAGGAGUGAGACAACGGGGGACCCCCAGGGCACAGCCCAAGAGCCUGAGAGCAGCCCAGAGCCCCCCUGCGAGACCCCAGCCCACGACCCACCGGCCGAGAGCCCCCAGGACACGACCGAGGAAGACCCCGAGCUGCUGGUGGACAUGGAGAUCUUUGUGGACACGCUGCGCAACAUGGAGCCCUCGGAGAUGCGGAAGGCGCCCAAGGUCCCGCGCCAGCCCCGGCCAUCGUCGCUGGGCCGCUGCGCCGCUCUGCCCCCCAUCCAGGAGGACCGCGUGGCCCCCCGGGCCCCCGUUUCCCUGCCCGAGACCCUGCGCGAGCUGCUGGCAUGGGGCCCAGCGGGGCAGCAGGAGGAGAGCCCCGAGGAGGAGAUAGAGAACCCCUACUUGAGCCCUGAUGAGCGGGCGCUGGCGGGGUCCCACCAUGGGGUGCCCGGGGACAGCGUGGCCAGCGAUGGCCGGGUGGAGGGGGGCUCGCUCCCGGGGAUGCCGAGGCAGGCGGGAGCGGAAGAAAAGGCCAAACCAGUGGCUGGGGGCUUGGCCGACCGCAGCGUGCUCUUCCGAGGGAAUGUCCUCAAGGGCAUGGCGCUGCUCUCCCACUUCUUGGAGCACCGGGCGGCCGCGGCUGAUGAGGGCAAGCCCUACUCACGCCUGGACAACAGCGUGCUCUACAGCCGCUUCGUCUCCCCCAGCACCGCCCCGCUCGAGCUGCCCAGCAGGGACAGGGGGGGCACGGGCUCGCCCACCCCUGGGGACCACAACGGGCAGGGCCCUGGUGAUCACCCCGGCCCCGAGAUGGCCAUGCUGGAAGCCCCGAGUCUCAGCUCUGUCCCUCCUGUCACCGAAGAGCCAGACAGCACCGUGGCCCUGUGUCCCACUGAUGUCCUGGAAGACAAGGAGGGCUUCGAGAAGAUCAACACGAGACCCGGCAAGAUCAUCCUCUUCUCCGAGGCCGGCUUCGCGGGCCAGAAACGGGAGAUCUGGGGCGACGUCCCCGACGCCACAUCCUGGGAGCUCUCACACACCAUCUCCAUCCGGGUCAUCCGAGGCGGGUGGGUGAUGUACGAGAAGCCGCGGUUUCACGGGCGCAAGUGCGUGCUGGCCGAGGGGGACGUGGAGAUCGACAACCCCUGGACGACGUACGGGCAGAGCGGGCAGCCCCACGGCAGCCGGCCUUUCCGCAUCGGCUCCUUCAAGAGGGUGGUGCGGGAUUACCGCACCCCCGAGAUCAGCCUGUUUGCAGAGGAGAACGGCGAAGGCGCCCGGAUGAAGUUCACCGACUCGGCCGAGGACACCCGCACACGGGGCCAGCCGCUCGCCGUCGCCUCCAUCAUUGUCCACUCGGGCCUGUGGCUGGUUUACUCCAAGCCUUUCUUUGACGAUGACCCCUACGUUUUGGAGCCGGGCGGGUACCCCAAUUUAAAGGCUUGGGGAGCAAAGGACCCAUCCAUCUGCUCCAUGCACCCCAUCAGGCUGGGCUGCCCCGUCGUGGAGAGACCCAGUGAGCCGCAGGUGCUGAUCUACGAGGCUGCGGGUUUCCAGGGCCGCAGGUUCACCAUCAGCCGAGACAUCUACGACCUGAAGCGCCUGCCCGGGCCGGCGCUGCCCACCGUGGGCUCCCUGCACGUCCUGGGUGGCUGCUGGGUCGGCUACGAGAAGGAGGGCUUCCGCGGCCACCAGUACCUGCUGGAGGAAGGGGAGUACCAGGACUGGAGGCAGUGGGGCGGCUACAGCAAGGAGCUGGUGUCCUUACGGCUGAUACGGACGGACUUCUCCGACCCGGCGCUGGUCCUCUUCGAGGCCAUGGACUUCGAGGAGGGCCCGAGCGUGGAGCUGAGCGAGGCGCUCCCCGACAUGCAGCUGGCCGGCUACGGCACCGUCACCCAGUCCAUCCACGUGCUGAGCGGCGUGUGGGUGGCCUAUGAGGGCACCAACUUCUCGGGCGAGCAGUACAUCCUGGAGAAGGGGGUGUACCGCAACUGCGAAGACUGGGGUGCCGCGGAUUGCCGCAUCGCUUCGGUGCAGCCAAUCCUGCAGGUCGGGGAACACAACCUCCAUUUCGCCUCCAAGAUCCUGCUCUUCUCAGAGCCCGACUUCUUGGGGGACCACGUCGCCUUCGAGGAGGACCAGGAGGCCCUGCCCGCUGCCUUCAUCCCACGCUCCUGCAGAGUCUGCGGGGGCAGCUGGAUCCUGUUCGACGGGCAGGCCUUCGCGGGGGAGCAGCAUGUGCUGUCCGAGGGCGAGUACCCCACGCUCAGUGCCAUGGGCUGCCUCUCCUCCACCGCCAUCCGCUCCUUGAAGAAGGUCCCAGUGUUUUUCUCGGAGCCCUCCAUCUUCCUGCAUGGGCUGGAGUGUUUUGAGGGGAAGGAGAUCGAGCUGAACAAUGAAGUGCGGAGUCUCCAAGCAGAGGGUUUCAACAACCACGUGCUGUCGGUGCGCGUCAAAGGCGGGAUCUGGGUGCUGUGCGAACACGGUGAUUUCCGAGGGCGCCAGUGGCUGCUGGACUGCACUGAAAUCACCAACUGGCUGACGUACAGCGGGAUCCAGCACGUGGGAUCCCUCUACCCCAUCCGCCAGAGACGGAUCUAUUUCCGCAUCAGGAGCAAGGAGCUGGAGCUCUACCUCUCGGUCCCCGAUGACGUGGAGGACAUGAAAGCGGGGCGGGUGGUGGUCUCCAGCCUGAGCGAGCAGAGCAGCUCUAUCUGGUACUACGAGGACGGGCUGAUCAAAAACCAGGUGGCCCCCAACAUGAGCCUGCAGGUCAUCGGGCCGCCGGGAAGCGCAAAGGCCGUGCUGUGGUCCGAGACCCGGAUGCCACGUCAGACCUGGAGCGUCGAUUCUCAGGGACGGAUCCACAGCCAGAUGUUCGAGGACAUGAUCCUCGAUAUAAAGGGCGGCCGAUCCUACGACCGGGACCAUGCCAUCGUUUGGGACGUGGCUGAGGAAAGACCCACGCAGAUCUGGGACAUACAGGUGCUAUGA